AGAAACAUUAUGUAUAAAUAGCUAGCGGUGAGGCAAGCAGAUCAGUGUGGUUUCAUUGCUCAUCCAGCAUGAAGUUGUUCAUUUUGGUGGCUUUGUUCGGGCUCAGCCUUGCCCAGCACAACCCUCACACCAAGCAUGGCAGGACUGCCCUUGUCCACCUGUUUGAAUGGCGUUGGGCUGACAUCGCUGCAGAGUGUGAGCGCUUCUUGGCUCCAAAUGGCUUUGCUGGUGUUCAGAUCUCCCCUCCAAGUGAGCACAUUUUGGUGAACAAUCCCUGGAGGCCCUGGUACCAAAGAUACCAGCCAAUUGGCUACAAACUGUGCUCCAGAUCUGGCUCUGAGAACGAGCUGAGAGACAUGAUCACCAGAUGCAACAACGUUGGGGUCAACAUCUACGUUGAUGCUGUCAUCAACCACAUGUGUGGCUCCGGUGGUGGAGAGGGAACACACUCUUCAUGUGGAAGCUGGUUCAGUGCAAACAGGGAGGACUUUCCCUCUGUCCCUUAUUCCAACUUGGACUUCAAUGAUCAGAAAUGCAGGACUGGCAGUGGUGAAAUUGAGAACUAUGGUGAUGCCAAUCAGGUGCGUAACUGUCGUUUGGUUGGUCUGUUGGACUUGGCCCUGGAGAAAGAUUACGUCAGGGGCAAGGCGGCUGGCUACAUGAAUAAGCUGAUUGAUAUGGGUGUGGCUGGAUUCAGAGUGGAUGCCUGCAAGCACAUGUGGCCUGGUGAUCUGUCUGCCAUCUACGGUCGCCUGCACAACCUCAACACCAAGUGGUUCUCUGGUGGCUCCAAACCCUUCAUCUACCAAGAGGUUAUUGAUCUGGGAGGAGAGUCCAUCGGUGUCAGAGAAUAUAUCCAUCUGGGUAGGGUGACUGAGUUCAAAUACAGCGCUAAAAUUGGAACUGUCUUCAGAAAAUGGAACGGCGAGAAGCUGUGCUACACCAAGAACUGGGGAGAGGGAUGGGGUUUUAUGUCCAGUGGAAAUGCUGUUGUCUUUGUUGACAACCAUGACAACCAGAGAGGCCACGGUGCUGGAGGUGCCUCUAUCCUUACCUUCUGGGACCCCAGGCUCUACAAGAUGGCUGUUGGCUACAUGCUGGCUCAUCCUUAUGGAGUAGCCAGGGUGAUGUCUAGCUUCCGCUGGAACCGCCAAAUUGUCAAUGGAAAGGAUCAGAAUGACUGGAUGGGCCCUCCCAGCUAUAGUAAUGGAUCAACCAAGCCUGUUCCCAUCAACUCUGAUCAGACUUGUGGAGACGGAUGGGUGUGUGAGCACAGAUGGCGUCAGAUCAAGAACAUGGUUAUUUUCCGCAAUGUGGUCAAUGGACAGCCUCAUUCCAACUGGUGGGACAAUCAGAGCAACCAGGUUGCCUUUGGACGUGGUAAUCGCGGUUUCAUCGUCUUCAACAAUGAUGAUUGGAACCUGGAUGUGACCCUGAACACUGGCAUGCCCGGUGGAACCUACUGUGACGUCAUUUCUGGCCAGAAGGAAGGAAGCAGGUGCACGGGGAAGCAGAUCCAAGUUGGUGGUGAUGGCCGUGCCCGCUUCACCAUUAGCAACAGAGAUGAGGACCCCUUCGUUGCUAUCCAUGCUCAAUCUAAGCUGUAAAAUGAUCAUGAAAAGCUUAAAAUAAACCUAAUUUUAUUCAACCUGAA